AACUUGUAACGUUUUUUUAUCAUUUACAUUUUACAGAAGCAAAUUUUUUUAAUUUUUACACUAAAAACUGAUAUACCUAAUUGUAUGAAAGAAAUAUUAAUUAAGUGGUAAUAAACCGCUUGUAUCCUAACGACUUAGAGUCAACUCACAAUAAUUAUCAACAUGUAUAACAUCAUAAAUUAUUAAAAAAUAAACAUAAUAAAAUGACUACAAAAACUACUAGUAAAACUAACCGCCGUCCAAACCAGGCGCAGUUAUAUGAAGCUCUACACAAAAAACAUGCUGCUGAAUGUGAAGCCAGAGAACAGUGGGCUGGUAUUACUCAGUAUUUUAAAACUUGGGAAAAUAAUUCUAAUAAGUUUACUACAUGGACUUCUCCUGAAUACUACAAAAAAAGUUCAGAGUUACAAUUAGAAAUUCGAAAGAAACAACAGCAACAAAUUGAUGAAGAACGUAAGGAAACAGAAAAAUGGCUUAAAAAAAUUCAAGAUAGACAAAGGGAAGAUGAAGAUUUUAAGAAAGAACAAAUGAAAAAGAAACCUGUACGUCUGUCAAGACCUACUUCUGCAUCACACGGAAUUCCAAAUGAAGAAAUGGCUAAGGAACUGCUGCGUAAGCAAGAUGCUGUAACUAAUAGAGAAAAAGAAUUAAAACUCUAUGCCCGAUCAAAAUCGUGCGAUCCCAAACCUAAAGAGUAUGAGCGUCGACUUCAUCAACGUUCUACAAAGUCAUCUUGGGAUGACCAAAUGAAAACUAAACAGCUUGCAAAAGAAAAAGAAUUGGAAGAAUUAUGUAUGAAGAAGAAAGCGUUUGAAGAAGAACUAAUCAAAGAGAGGAUCGAAGAGGAACAAAAACAACAAUACAGACUCGAAAAGAUGGAACAAAUAAAAACUGAUCUUAUAGAAAAAGUCGCUAAGUUGAGAGCAUGUUCAGAUAGAUGUGAAGAAUUAAAAAAAUUAGAAUCCACUUAUUUAAAUUUCCAAACUCAAUUGAGUAGUAUGGAACAAGUAAAAAAUAAGCAAGAACAACUUAGACUAAACAACAUAAUGAGAUCAAGAUCAGUUCGACAGUAUCAAACGGUGCUAAAACAGAAGUCCAAAGAAAUUUUGGAGUGUAUGCAAGAGGAUGACAAACUGUUGAAUUGCCUUAUUGACGUGAUAUCUUCUUCAAAUAUUGAAAUACGUAUUUGUGAAAAAUUAAAUGAAUUAAAACAAUUAUUCAAACAUUACGAAAACGAAGAAUCACAUAAAUUGUAUUUAAUGGACUUUAUGUUCGAAGAAGAAGCAAAAAACAUGUGGCAUACACAAGAAGAACGUUGGAAAAAUGAACACACAACAAGGAAGAAUGAAUUGAACAAUUUAUUUAAAAACAUAUACAUACAGCUAGAGGAAAAAAUUGAAACAUGUUUGGACGAACAACGCGCUUUGAUCAAAGAAAGAGAAGAGCUAAUUGGUAUCAUUGAAGAAGGUAAUAAUGAAUUGAAAAUAAUGGAAGCAGAGUCUGUAAAAUUUCAAAAGUUAUAUCCAAACUAUAAUAAUAAUUCGAAUUCAACUGAAAAUGAAGUAAAACUUAGGGAAACUGCAUUAAAAUGUUUGACUAAAGAUCAAAAGUUAUUGACAGAAAUGUCACAAUUAUAUUUAGCUGAUAAUAUCAAAUCUUCAGAUCACAGAAGAAAACGAGCUGUUUGGUAAUAUCAUAUUUUUAUAGGUUUUCGUUUUUGUUUUUUAAGAAUAUAAAUGUGUUUCUUUUUUGUACUAUUUUUUAGUGGAAUUAAAUAUUUUUUUUUAGUUUUAACAUUUUUCAAUUAUUUUUUAUUGAUUGAUUUAUAGUUAACAGUGCACAUGACAAACGUGUGACAUUUUUUUAAUUCCAUAUAUUUUAUUUUUGGUGCAAGAAGUAUUUUUAACUUGAAUUUGUUUUAUAAAAUAAUUAUUAGAUAAAAAUAAGAAAAAAAAUAUUUAUAUUUUGUUUAUUUUUUUUAAAUAUUUUAUGUGGUUGAAUAGUUUUUGUUAGUGAAUAGAAUUGAAUUUUUGUAAUUUACUUAGCCAUCAUAUUAUGUAUUUUGAGAUUAAUUUUUUUCUAUUUUUACCAAUUAAAAGACUUUCUUAAUA